ACAACUUCUUCGGUUUUCUUAAAUGCAGGAGGGCUUUUAGAGCCUUGAGUUGAUGCUAACUUGGGCCUUAAUAGUUCAUUCUUAAUUUGGGGUCUUCUUUGAUCAUCUUUAUUGGUAAGUUCAGGUGCUUCAUGUGGGCUUCUUCAUUUUCAGUCGCCCACAGUUUUGUUGUUGGUCUGAGAUUGUUUCUGGGAAGAAAUAAAAAAUUUCAGUUCCUUACAUUGAGGAGUUUGACGUCAACAUAUUUAUCAGUCUUGGAGAAUGAAGUGGCUACUUUUGAAAACUUUAUUCCCUUUGAUGAGAAUUCCAUACAGAAUCUAGAAUGCAUUUCAGUUGAAUCUUCAGAUCACAGCAGAUAUUAUCUUAGUGGGAAGGGAACGAGAGAGUCUGUUAAAUGGGAUUCAUCAGGUUUUGAGAGUUGGGGAAUGAAGGCUGAAAUGAAGAAAGUAAAAUUGAUUCUCUCAAAACGAGGGUGGUAUUUCGGUUCUGGAAUUGGGAACAAGAUUGAUAUUGAUGAAUUGAAUGUAACUCGGAUUUUGAAUGAUUUGUUUGAGGAGACUUCUGAUGCUGCACUUGCUUUCUACUUCUUCACGUGGUGUGAGGACUGCACUAGAGCAAAACAUGCAAUUCUAUCAGUUUGUACUAUGGUAAAUAUUCUGGUUUCUGGAAACAUGAAUUAUAGAGCCAUGGAUCUUCUUCUAUAUCAUGUUAGGAAUGAUGAUGGAAGAGAAGAAUGGCAUAACUUACUGUUUGAUGUCCUCAAAGAAACCUCAAAAAAUAGAAGGGUGUUGGAAAUUGUUUAUAGUAUGCUUGUUGGGUGUUAUGUCAAGGAAGAUAUGGUAAACUUGGCUAUUGAAGCAGUCAAGAAAAUGAAAAACCUCGGCAUCUUUCCUCCUCCUGGAGUCUGUAAUUCUCUUCUAAAGGCAUUGUUAAAGUCAAGUAAGAUAGAUUUAGUUUGGGAAAUAUUUGGGGAAAUGCAGAAUCAAGGUAUGGGUUUCAAUGCUUCUAUUAUUAGUUUAUUCAUCCAUGAAUAUUGUGCACUAGGCAUGCUUGAACGUGCUUGUAAGUUGCUUGUGGAUAUGAAAGAUUAUGGGUUGCAACCUGAUGUUGUGGCAUUUACAAUUGUGAUUGAUGCCUUCUGCAAAAUGGGUUACCUAAAGGAAGCCACUUCUAUAUUGUUCAAAAUGAUUGAAAUGAAUAUAUUUCCAGAUUCAGUUUUGGCUUCUUCAGUUAUUGAUGGCUACUGUAAAGCAGGUAGGUUGGAGGAAGCAAUGGUUAUUUUGAAAAUCUUUGGUUUCACUCCCAACCUUUUCAUUUACAAUAGCUUUAUCACAAUAUUAUGCAGAGAUGGGAGAUUGAUUGAAGCUGAUGCAGUUUUCUCUGAGAUGCUUGCAUUGGGAAUGUUUCCUGAUUGUUAUAGUUACACUACCAUUAUUGGAGGUUACUGUAAGGUUAGUGACAUAAGAACAGCUCUCAAUUAUUUUGGAAAAAUGUUGAAGACGGGAACUGAACCGUCUAUUGUGACGUACACAGUGUUAGUUGAGGUCUAUUGCAAAAUUGGGGAUUUGAAGACUGCAGAAUAUAUGUUCCAGGUGAUGGCAAGGAAGGGUCUGAAACCUGAUAUUUUUGCAUACAACACAUUAAUCGAUGGAUAUGGAAAAGUGGGACACCUGCACAGUGCUUUUAGGUUGUUGGAUGUUAUGAGAUCAGCUGAUGUUUCACCUGACAUCACAACUUAUAACAUUAUUAUUCAUGGUCUUGUCAGAAGAGGCUUUGUCAAAGAGUCAAGAGACAUCUUAGACGAGCUCAUUAGAAGGGGGUUUUCUCCUAAUACUUUAACAUUCACUGAUGUCAUUAGUGGGUUCUCUAAGCUGGGAAGCUUUGAGGAAGCAUUUCUUGUUUGGUCAUACAUGAGUGAACAUGGGAUGAGACCUGAUGUUGUAACAUGUAGUGCUCUUCUUAAUGGUUAUUGCAAGGCCCACCGUAUGGGUGAGGCUAAUGCCUUAUUCCGGAAGAUGUUGGAUGCCGGGUUAAUUCCAGACUUAAUAUUGUACAACACACUUAUACAUGGAUUUUGCAGUGUGGGAAACAUAGAUGAUGCUUUCCACUUACUGAGUAUGAUGGUAGAACAUGGUAUCAUUCCUAACAGUGUUACUUGCCAUUUACUUGUGCAUGGUUUUGAGAAAAACUUGGUUGACGAUCCUAUAAAAGCUACAAGCAUUAAGAUGCACCAAAUACUGCUGAAGCAUGGUAUUGAUAUUGAUAUAUCUCAGUAUAUGGUUACAACACACUAAUCCUAUCAAGUGCUACCUGCUUCUUAUCGUUCUGAGGCACCUGGGGUUGUAAAAUGGCUUCAUUUAUCCUUUUCCUUUCUUCUAUCACAGUCUCUGCAAGCUGGCAAUUUUUGCAGAUUGAGAGAUCUAAGAGGCAUUGCAAGGUUGGAUUUUUUGAAGGAUGAGGUUUUGCAUGCCCUUUCUAUUGUGAGAUGCAAUGCCCCUGCUGUCCAUGCGUAUAUUGUAAAGACACUUCACACUGACAUCCGAACAUAAAUUGAACAGGUGCCAUACCUGUACAUUUAACACUGUUUAUGGAUUAAGAUUACUUGCAAUUUGCUAUGGGUUUUUAUUUUAUUUUAUUGAGGAUUUUUUUCUUACUCAAUGCUUAGGGAAUCUUAAAUAAGUGGCAUUUUGGUGCAUUUAGUACUUACUCUACUAUGACAUGAAGAUAAGGGUGGCAAAAUGCAACGUGGCUUCCGUGCAUGGUAGGUCCUCACGCCUAGCCCGAUGCAAGCACACUUGAAGAUUAGACAGAACUUAAUUGAUAUUGGAGUUCAGUGAACAGUCGCUACCAUCAGUGUUGCAGUGCCACCUUAUGGAGUCCAAGCAUAUUGGACAUCAAUGUUUCCCCGUCUUCUCCAUUGAAGAGUUCAGAACAAUACAUGUAGUCAUGUAUAUGCCAAUCCAACUCAACUGCUCAAGCCUGCCUUAUCUGAACUAAAUGGGGUUGGAUAUGAAUACUAUUUCGCCAUUCAACUCUACUUUGGUUGUGUUACAACCCAAGGCCAUUCAUAACUUUUCUUUCUUCUCCCUAGAUCAUUUCCAACCUACCCUUUUGACCUUUUAGCUCUUCUAAUCUGCACCAUAUCACUCAUUGUGAUACACUAAGGCCUUCAUUCUACAUGUGCAAACCACACUCAAAACGAGUCUCUUUCAACUUAUCACCCAUAAGAAUCGAUCCUAACUUACCAACAAUGCAACCCAAAAUCCAAAUGAAUCAAAAAUAUGUACUGUAUAGAUGUUAAUCUGUAUAUCAUGCAUAUUUAUUUACUAUAUUGAUGGAUGCAUAUUGU